AUGAUGGGGAUCACUGUCCCGUCGACGGCGCCCUUAAACUUCUCCCUUGUCCCGCCGGCAUGUGUAACACAUUCUGACGGAAUGCUAAGUUCCAAUGCAGACACCCAGUCGCCCUCCCGAAAACCCCUUAAACGCGGUUUCUCCCUUGUUCCUGAGCGAUUCACCGAUACACAAUUAAGCAGCCUUCGAAGUCGGCGCGCUGCCAAGGAAAGUCUGAGUGUCAUUGGCGCCCUAAUCUGUGAACGGUUUCUCAAAAUUCUUACAAUAGCUCUGGUCAUAAUCGGAUUUCCAUUUUCCCUUCUCGCUUGCCUUCGAGUCAUCCCACAGUAUGAACGGGCAGUUAUUUUUCGCCUUGGUCGGCUCCUUUCAAGUUCUGCUCUCGGUCCUGGGCUCAUAUUCAAGCUUCCUUUUCUUGAUCGAAUGCGCCGCGUUGAUCUCCGAACCUUUACAUUCGAUGUUCCCACCCAGGAGGUGCUUACAAAAGAUUCUGUCACGGUGGCAGUCGAAGCUGUCGUAUAUUACCGGAUUUUCGACCCUGUCAUGUCUGUGGUGAAUGUCGAGAACGCUAAUCGAUCAACACGACUUUUAGCGCAGACAACCUUACGGAAUGUCUUGGGAACAGUUGAUCUCUACGCCUUACUCACGGACAGAGAGGACAUAGCCGCAAUGAUGCAGGAAACCUUGGACACUGCAACCGACACUUGGGGUGUCAAAGUUGAACGUGUGGAAAUUAAGGACGUCAGGUUACCCUUGCAACUUCAGCGGGCGAUGGCUGCAGAAGCUGAGGCCACGAGGGAGGCAAAAGCAAAAGUCAUUGCCGCUAAGGGUGAAGAAGAUGCCUCGAAGUCGCUGAAAGCGGCUGCAAUUGAAAUCUCAGCAUGCCCCAUCGCCCUCCAACUGCGCUACCUGCAGACCCUGGCCGGAAUCUCCGCAGAAAAGAACUCAACCAUCGUCUUUCCCCUACCAAUAGAUUUGCUGAACUUUUUCAGGGGGGUGGGAGACAAUGUGGGCGGUGGGUGUAUAAGCAAAGAGGGUUCUUGUGUCUCCGAUUGGGUGGGUGAGGAUGAGCGACAUGCAGUAAGACCUCACUUGGCCCGUGGUGUUACUGUAUCAACGUUGGAUUCUAAUCCAGUGCAUUGCCAGCCCUCAUCAAGCUUGAACUUUGUAUAG